UUGAGGGAUUAAAUAAUUCAAAAUGGCGGACGAAGUGAGUCGUAAACGUGUUGCAGAUAAAGAAGAGGAAGAUGAUGAUCUUAUUGGCCCUAUGCCGGCUCAGGAGCCUAAACCAAAGAAAAAGAAAGUUCUGGAAUUUGAACACGUUUACCUAAAAAAUCUCCCAAGUGCUGAGGCAUAUGAGAAAAGCUACAUGCACAGAGAUGUUAUCACCCACAUAGUAACCACCAGUACUGACUUCGUAAUAACUGCAAGCUGUGAUGGUCAUAUCAAGUUUUGGAAGAAACAAGAGGAAGGCAUUGAGUUCGUUAAGCAUUUUAAAACCCAUCUUGGUGUUAUACACUGUAUUUCUGUGAGUCUUGAUGGACAGUUAUUAUGCUCUACUGCUGAUGACAAAUCAAUGAAAGUGUUUGAUGUGGUUAAUUUUGAUAUGAUAAACAUGUUAAAGUUGAGCUACAUUCCAGGGAAGUGUGAAUGGGUUUUCCCAAGAGGAGCUGCUAUUGCAGCUAUAGCAUGUGCAGAGGAACAGAGUGGUGUUAUACAUAUCUAUGAUGGACGAGGUACRAGUGAACCACUACAAACACUCAAGCUUCAUUCAACAAGUGUAUCUGUGAUCAGGUAUAAUCCAGUAUUUGACAUAGCUAUAUCAGCAGAUAAAGCAGGCAUUCUGGAGUACUGGACUGGUCUCAAGAAAGACUGUAAAUUUCCUGACAAUUUGAAUUUUAAGUUCAAAACAGACACAGACCUUUUUGAGUUUGUAAUGUGUAAAACAUAUCCAGUGUCUUUGUCCUUCUCGCCAAAUGGUAAACUGUUUGCCACCACAGCUUCUGAUAGAAAGAUAAGAGUAUUCAGGUUUUUGACUGGCAAGAAAAGCCUGGUCUUUGAUGAGUCAUUAAAAGUAUUUACAGAAAUGCAACAGCAAAAGCAACAAUUACCUGACAUGGAGUUUGGAAGAAGAGUUGCCAUUGAAAGAGACCUUGAAAAAUCUGAUGCAUUAAAAUACUCCAAUGUUGUAUUUGAUGAGAGUGGUUAUUUUUUACUCUACGGUACGAUGCUUGGCAUAAAAGUUGUKAAUCUUCAUACCAACAGAUGUGUCAGGGUGAUAGGAAAGCUAGAGAAUGUUCGUGUUUUACAGCUAGCACUUUAUCAAGGUCGACCUUCAAAAAAAGCUGGUUUAACUUUGGAGAUCCAGGCCGCUGAUAAUCCUUCAUUGUCCAAAGAAGCAACAGACCCUACUUUAUUCUGUACUGGCUUCAAAAARAACAGAUUUUAUAUUUUCUCUUCCAGGGGACCAGAAUUAAGUGAAGAGAAUGAUCGUGAUGUAUUUAAUGAAAAACCAUCAAGAGAAGAAAUCAUGGCCACAACUCAGGGAUCAGGAGCGCCUGCUAAACUACCCACCCAAGCUACUAUACAUACUACCAUGGGAGAUAUGRCCAUACAGUUAUUCGCCAAAGAGUGCCCGAAAACAGUUGARAACUUUACAACACACUGCAAGAAUGGUUACUAUAACAACCACAUAUUCCACCGCGUUAUAAAACAGUUUAUGAUCCAGACAGGCGACCCUCAAGGCGAUGGCACAGGAGGAGAGUCCAUAUGGGGAAGAGAAUUUGAAGAUGAAUUUCAUCGUAAUCUAAGACAUGAUAGACCCUACACAGUCAGCAUGGCUAACGCAGGCCCCAAUACUAACGGCUCACAGUUCUUUAUUACUGUGGUGCCUACGCCGUGGUUGGACAAUAAACACACUGUGUUUGGCCGUGUUAUUAAAGGAAUGGACACAGCACAACAGAUAGGCAUGGUCAAGACCCAUCCGAAAACCGAUAAACCAUACGAAGAUAUCAAGAUUAUCAAUGUUACUUUAAAAGACUAACAUCGACAAACGAGAUACCAUUUCCAGGAACUGCUCUUAAUCACACUGUUUGCCAUGGAAAUAUAUAAAGAAUUUUAAAUACCA